GUGGGACCUGACGUUACGUUGAUCACAACUAUUUCCUCAGAGAGAAACAUUCAAACAACCAAGACCUUCUAUUCAUGUACAGUUUGGAUAUAUUCCUUAUACCUCAUCUUUAUGUCUGCGGCUCCUUCUCUGGCUCUGACAACUCCUCUUCCUCUUUAAAAUCUCCUGGAGUAAUUGAAGGGAGCUAAUCAAAUUUCCACUGGGAUCAUUUGGAGGCCAUCUUAGUAGCUGUUGUAGGCUAGAGAAAGCAUUGCUGUCCGAGACCUGUGAGGUUUUUUAUCUCUCUAGUUAUUUAUUAUUUUUAUUUUUAUUUUUAUUUGAAUCCCAAGACUUGUGAAGAUGAAGGACCGACUGGCCCAGCUGAAGGAGAAGAGUGAUCCUGGAGGCGAUGACGUUGAGAUUCCCGUGGAGAACGAGGCUUUUAUGGAUGAUUUCUUUAAUCAGAUUGAAGAUAUCCGUAUCAGCAUUGACAAGAUUGACGGGAGCGUCACAGAAAUAAAAAAACUCUACUCCAACAUCUUAUCGGCCGCCACAUCUGACCAGAAAACACAAGAUGACGUCGAAGCCCUCACCAAUGAGAUUAAGAAGUCGGCCAACAACGCAAGAAACAAACUUAAGGGUAUUGAGCGCCAGCUUGAGUCAAACACAGACGCGAGGGCCUCAGCCGACAUCAGGAUACGCAAAUCACAGCAAGCUAUCCUGGCCAAGAAGUUUGUAGAGGUGAUGACAAAAUACAACGAGGCUCAGGUUGACUUCAGAGAUAAGAGCAAAGGACGAAUCGCCCGACAGCUGGAGAUCACGGGGAAAGCGACAACUGACGAGGAACUGGAAGAGAUGCUGGAGGGAGGCAACUCAGCUGUCUUCUCUGCUGGGAUCAUGGAAUCUAAGAUCACCCAGCAGGCCCUGAAUGAGAUUGAGGCUCGUCACAAAGACAUCAUGAGGCUGGAAAGCAGCAUCAAAGAGCUCCAUGACAUGUUUGUUGAUAUCGCUAUGCUGGUUGAGAAUCAGGGUGGCAUGAUUGACAGAAUUGAGAGCAACAUGGACCAGUCAGUGGGCUUCGUAGAGAGGGCCGUGGCCGACACCAAAAAGGCUGCCAAAUUCCAGCAGGAGGCGCGCAGGAAACAAAUGAUGAUCUUCUGCUGCUGCGUGAUUUUGUCCUUGAUACUCGGUUCAUUUGUCUACAGCUUCUUCAAAUAGAAAACCGGAAUGAGGCCACCCACCAGCUGAGUCCACACAGUACAGUAUGGUCACAGAAUAGAGUCGGGCUCAGUUUACUGUCAUUUCAACUAAUUCAAAAUAGAAAUAGAGGCUGCAAAUAUUUGCAUACAUUCUCAGUUAUUUCUGAAUAUGUUCACACAAUUUUCUUAACCUUCUCAGGGUGUCCCACAUUUAAAUUCAGUUUCACUGCAUGAUGCCUCACUGCCUCAUACAGAUUUAGAUCAGCAUUCAUAUUCAGCUGCAGAGCUCACUGAGAGCUAUAUGGUGUUAUAGCUGGCAUGAAACAAAGCAACACUUCAACAAAAUAGACACCUUUCAAUGGCUGCAUUGCAUCCAAUACACCACCACGAAAUGUCCUCAGAAACACAAUAGUCGAACCAACAGAUCAAUAGCUCCAACAAAAACCUGAAUAUUUUAUUAUUGAUAAGUGAGAUGUAUUGUUGAGCUGUACCUCACGCACUGUAAAUCAGUGCAUCUCCCUUACAAACUGUAGAUUUGAAUUUUAUGAAUUUAUUUGGUAGUCUAUUUAACCAGUGCUUUCCACUCAAAAAGACAAGAAAAAAAGAUGAAUGAUGAUUUUCAUAAACCUUGGUUUACUUCCGGUUUCUAAAAAAUCUUCUUUGAAAAAAAAUGAGUGAUACAAAAUUUAAAAAAAAAAAAAUUUUAAAUCCAACUCCUCUAAAUUUAAAAAAAUAUAAAACAUAUAAAAAUAUUUUUUUGCAUAUUUUACGUUCAGCAAAAAAAAUAUAUAUUUCUCAAAGAAAUUUAAAGAAUCAACAAAUAAUAUAAAAUCUAAAUGGAAUGUUAUUAAUCAACAACUAAAUAAAAAAAAGAAAACAUCAUCAGGCCUUGCUUCUCAGUUUCAAAAUGGAGAUACACUAAUUAGUGAUCCAUAUGAAAUUUCAUAUGGCUUUAACAAAAAAGAUUAAUAAUUAGUAAAAGAGGUAUCUAAUUACAUAUUGGAACCUCUCAUUCAUAUUUGAAGUUGAUCUAUGAAAACUGGUAUUGUUUCCAGGGAUCUUAAAAAAGCAAAAAUUAUACCUUUAUUUAAAACUGGUGAUCCAUCUAGCUUUACAAACUAUCGCCCUAUAUCUGUCUUACCUUGCUUUUCAAAGAUUUUGGAAAAAUUAAUUUACACCAGAAUUCUAAUGCAUUUAAAUGAUAAUAAUAACAUCUUAUAUGAGCAUCAAUAUGGAUUUAGAAAGGAACAUUCAACCUAUAUGGCACUUUUACAAAUCAUAGACAAAAUACAGGCAGCUACAAAUGAUAACAAAUUUGACCUUGGUAUUUUUUUAGAUCUCUCUAAAGCAUUCGACACCGUUAAUCAUGACAUUUUAUUAGCCAAAUUAAAACACUGCGGUUUCCAAGGCAGAUUGAAAAUGUUCCAUUCACAAUGAGCAGUCACUUGUAUGAAAUGUCCUCUAAGUCCCAUUUUUGGUAAUAUGUCUCUCAUCUUUGGCUCUGACCUCAGUAUAAUUACUGUUGCAGUAUUCAUAUGAAUUUGUAUUGUAUUAGGUGCAGAGUUUGUUAGUAAAUGCUGGUGUGUGUGUGUGUGUAGGACUUUUCAGGAGUGUUGAGUUUAGAUCAGCUGGAAAAGUAUAAACGAUGACCAGACAGCGGCAGUAGAUGAAAGGUCAAGGGGUCACCAAAAUAUUUACGACUCAUGUCAAUCUAGCCUGUCCUAGCAGGCUAUCUCAUUUGUUUUUAUUUACAUCUUUUUAUUUCUUCUUUUUUUUUUUUACAAAUUUUUACGUAUGAAAAAAAAAGUUGAUUUCUACACAUGUAGAUCCUUAAUAUCUCAGUCUCCCUUUCACUGGAAGGGAAAGAUUCCUUACAAAGCUGUCAAAGCUGAAAUAAUUUCUUUAGUGAGCUUCUAGAGUUUUAUUGCCCCAUGAACUACUAUCGCAGAUGAUUCAAAUACUUACAAGACAUUGAAUAGUUGUCAGAAUCUGCCUUCACAAAUACAUCGAAACAGUGAAAAACUAAUGAGAUGGGAAUGUUGUCAUAUCCGAGAAACAACUGAAAAUGAUUUAUUAAUUAACAUUUGAAUGAAGUGAAAGUGAACCGACCUCAGACAGAUAUCCCUGUAGUAUGAUGACUACUACACUGACCAUCAUCAUGGUGUAUAUCUAUGAAGUCAGUAUCCUAAGUAUUGAGACAGCUGUUGUUAUUCUUUUGUACAUUUCUCUGCUAUUUGUGUUUUGAUAUGGAAACCAUACUUCUGUGCCAAUACUUAUGCUAUCGACUGCAUCUAAUGAUACCUGCACCUGCUGUGACUCCGUAGUGGGCCUACUAUUAUUUUUCAAUAUAAUGAAGGAGGAUAGUCACUCUCACGCGUUGAAGUUUUGAUGUUGAACUGAUUAAAAGAUGAUUGAUAGUAGACGCUGUAUUAUCUAAAAACAGGAGUAAAUUCUGAAGGUGCUCGAUUAGAAAUGGGAAUAAAUGCAGACCUGCUUUAUUUGAUUCCACUGACACUGCCUUUGGGGUGUUUUACUGCUUCAGGUCUUUGUUGUUUGUGUAUUUAUUACAUGGAUGGCUUUAAUUUUUAAAUGUGUGUUUUACCCCUUCUUUUCUAAAGGAUUUUUCUUGUUUCAUGCAAAAUGCACUGGCUCAUACAUAGAUCACCAAAAGAAAGUGUCACAUUUUAAUGUUGGGUGUGGAAAUGUUGUGUAGAAUUAUCUUUGGGAGCGGUGCCAGCAGUGGUGUUUUCUUGUUCUCAUCUAAGUGUCAACCUACAACUGGGGCACUUAAAGCCAAAAAAUUCCCUGUGGAUGUCACCAUGUACGUCUACCACUUUCUUCACCGGCUCAUGCUACCAUCAAGUGACACCUUGUCGGCUCCAACUGACGUCCAAAGUUUGAAAUAAGACUUUGAUGCCAGAUGCUUUUCUUUACGAAUCAAAUGUCAAAAUGCAAUGGAUAAAAUGUAUCUCCCAACAAGAAGACAACAUGACAUCUGGGUAUAUUUGACUUUCCACUCGUAACCUUGGUAGUUUUACCUGGAAAUGUUUUCUGACUUGAAUGCAGGGGUCAACAGUUAAGGGUGUUCACAUGACUGCAGGAGGACACCACUUUUUUAGCCAGGUUUCCAGAGGCUAAAUGUAAAUCUUACAAAAUUCAUAAGAGCCUUGAUAUUUAAAUCUGAUAAUAAUAAUAAUCAGUGUGGAUACAAGGGGGGCAGGUAGGAAAUUAAAUUAGCUUUUUUGACACUUUGAUAACAUGUAGUGUGACAGUGUCCUUCUUUUUCUGCUUACAUUAUUUAAGCCCUGUCACUUUGUAGCAAUUUAUAAGGGGAGUUGUUCUAUUGUUUUUUUCUUUUGUAGUUUUGUCCACUGUUGACGAAAUUAAAAUGAAGCUGU